AGCCCCGCCCCUGUCGGCGGAAAGUCACCUCCUCACGGUGGUCAGCAGCCGCACCAGCUCACAACAAUCGGACAAGGUCGACAGUCGUGAAGUAGCAGCGCCUCCGGGGGAAGCACCAACUGAAGUCGUAGUUAUCUGUAACCACCGUACUCGCUAUUCCCCCCCACCUCGCUGCUUCCAAACGAGCGUCUGGUCGACAUUAGAGCGACGAUCAUGGCAGCGCUGCGAGCGUCCUACCACAGGAUCCUCAACCGGAUCGAGGACAUCCUCCCGGCCAAACUGAGACCCCUGUACAACCACCCGGCAGGUCCCAAGACCGUUUUCUUCUGGGCUCCGGUGUUCAAGUGGGGUCUGGUUGCUGCCGGUUUGGCUGAUAUGACCCGCCCAGCUGAGAAACUCAGCACCUCCCAGUCUGCAGUUCUGACAGCCACAGGUCUGAUCUGGUCCAGAUAUUCUCUGGUCAUCAUCCCAAAGAACUGGAACCUCUUCGCUGUCAACUUCUUUGUGGGCAGCGCCGGGGCCUCGCAGCUCUACCGGAUCUGGAGGUACAAGCAGGAGCAGAAGGCCAUCGCUGCGGCACAGUCUUGAAGUGGAAGACCUUGCGGCCUGAAAGGGAGACUCACUUGUCAUCACCACAUCGUCCCGCCGUUCUUGUUAACAACCAUGCCAUAACCACCACCAUCAUCAUCAUCAUCAUCAUCAUCAUCAGCCUGCUCCCCUUCCCACCUCCCCCCUGACGGAACUGUGCACCUUCUCAAACAUCCUCAGGGCUCAAGAGUGAUGGUCAACAAUGCACAAGUGCUGCCCUCUCAGCAGGUUGUACGAUUGUACCUUCUGUAAACCCCUGUUUCACGCAGGUGAAGUUUUGUGCUUCUCUUCAAUCAGCAGUAGCCAUCAUUACCUCAUCCAUUAAUAUCCAAAAAUACUGAUCAGGAAUGUGUCUAAACAAAGAGUUUGUGAUUUGGCUUUAAUUCUUAACCAAUCGUUGUGUGUUCUUUUCUCAUAUUUAACCUGUGCAGCUUUUCUGAUGUUACAUGAACGUUGAUGUACCGAGCGACGGGUUGCAGCCAAACGGUCCGAUGCCUCUGUGUUGUUCAGAUGUUUAUUUUGUUUUGCGUUGAGGAGUAGUGAGACGGUAGAACCCCCCUUCACUGGUAGCAAUAACCCUGUUUUUAAUAUCACUUGCGGCUGACUGUUGGAAAAAAAAGGCACUUUGAGGUACAGUGGAAAUGUAAUGGCUCUGUGACUCUAAUAAAUAAAA